ACUGGGGCUAAAUAAACACAGAUGAACUGUCGAGCACAUUCACAAAAAAAAAAAAAAAAAAUUCUGGCAAUGUCUGCCUGACUUCAUAAGACUGUUGGAAACCACAGGAGAAGCACGUCACCUCGAAAAAUACACUGAGAUGGGGUUUUAAACAAGCGAAGCAGACAUGUUCCUCCUAGAAGACAUUUCUGCAGUCAUUGAACACUUAUUUUAACACUUAACGCUUGCUAUUUGUGAAUUACCACACCGAUGUUUUCCUUUCCUUUUUGUAUCGGACGUUUAGUCAGUCUCAGACUGUGUGGACUGCCGAAAUGAAGAAUCCACAUCUAAUCAAUAGUCAUUGCAAGAUCCUAAAUUCUGUGUCUGGAGACAAGAAAUUAAAACGGAAAGCCAGAGAUCCCAUUAAGUGUGUCAGUGACGGAAAUGUACCUUACUUUAAAUUGUACAAGAACUCGCAUCUCGUGGACGAGACCCUGGUUAAUAACUGUGUAAAGGAGCCGCACGAUGUGGAAAUAAUCGCACCGAGGGAUGACAGCAUCGGACACGAUAUUUUCAAUAGCGCUCUCGAUAUGAGAAUUAACACCGGGAUUACUGGAGACAUGUCCGACUCGAAACAGAGGUCCAUCUCCGACGUGGGUGUCCAUAACAAAAUAGCUCAAACAAGCGCAGACGUUUCGGGUUUGAGCAGUCAACAGGUUUUUGUGUGGUCUCAGCGCGCAGUCUCGCAGGCGCCUACAGGCAGCGACAGGAGCGAGUCCGCGGAAUCACACACGAAACGCGCGGGAGAGCCGUCUGGCGUCGUCACGGAGAUCAAAGCCAUUCAGCAGACGCGCAGGCUGCUUGCGAACGCGCGAGAGAGGACGCGGGUGCACACCAUCAGUGCAGCAUUUGAGGCGCUCAGAAAGCAGGUACCCUGCUACUCUUAUGGGCAGAAGCUUUCCAAGCUGGCUAUAUUAAGAAUAGCUUGCAACUACAUACUGUCCCUAGCUCAGCUUGCAGACCUGGACUAUACCCCAGACCACCGCAAUAUGAGCUUCAGAGAGUGUGUGGAGAAGUGCACUCGAACUCUACAGGCCGAGGGUCGCGCCAAGAAGAGGAAGGUAAAUAGUUGAAUAAAAUGAAGAAUGUCUCCUGUGACUUUGGAGAAAGAAGGACCUCAAUUCACUAUAACAUGAAGACACUUUCCACAUGAAGAAGCAUCCUGCAAUACAAUGAACAGAAAAGUAAAGAGGGGUGUUUUUUAGUAAAAAAAAAAAAAAAACUGUGCUGUUGAUUUGACUACAGUUGUAAGUGUUGAAAACAAAAUGUAUGCUAUUGUACAACUAUUUGUCCGUUGCUGCAUAAUUAGAUUCAGGACUAAAAGACAAGGUUUUUCUCUGUGUUCUUAUACAGUUUUACAGAUGAUUUACAACAUUUUAGCAAAUCCCAUAUUUCUCUGUGUUGGUCAAAAAUGUCCUGUCAUGUACUAAUCUCAUGACUUCAUGAAUUUAUCUUUCUUGUAAAUCUCUUUAUAUAAUUAUAUUCUUUGUCAUUCUAUCAAAUACACUAUAUGCAUUGAUGUAAAUGAAAUUGGCAUAUAACUUUAACACUCAUCUGCUCUCUUUCAUUGGGUUUUAGUUUAUAUUAACUGAACCUUUGCAUUCUGAGCUAUCUGGGCUUAGUCUGCCAGUUGCUUUUUUCAGUCUGUAUCAGGACCAUUUACUAUUUAACUUGUAAAUGAGGUAUCAUACAAAGAUGCACAUUAUAUACUGUAUAUAACUAUUUUUUGUUGUUGUUGUUGUUGUUGUUGUUGUUAAUAAACCAGGCAUUUCAAUCAGAAAAAAAA